AUGCAAGGAGUGGCCGAUGCUUCUUCAGCCAGCCAGUUGGCGAUCAAUUCGACCUUGCAGGCUUACCUUUGUGAAUGUGAUGCCAAAAUCAAAGAUUUCUUCAAGGAUUCCAUGGAUGGGCCUCCCACAAACUUCUCGGGACUUCCAGUGUAUGAUCCAGUGGCUGCAACUCAAGCCCUUUCAUCAGGAAACAAGUACACAUCUUCAGCACCUUUGUUUUGGAUCAACACAUCAUACGAACUCCAACCAAACGUUCCGAAAUACAGGAAACGUUUGGAAAGUUUGCGGGAUCACUUCUUUUCCCAACCUACGGCCUAUCCAGAGACCAUUCUGGUGUCUAUGGCCAAAGGGGAGAUUCCACAUAAAUGCAAGGGUGCUUUGAAGGCAGUCAGCAUCCCGGAGCUUCGGGACUCCCUCCGCCUUGCCGUGGCUGAGUCGACUCAGGAUCCAGAUGUACCAAGGAAAGUGAAGAUGGCAUGGAAAGAUGUGUUGAUGUCUGUCCCCUUCACCUUUGAGGAGGGGCUGGGGCCGAGUUUCGGGGUGGACAGUGAAGGGGAUGGUCAUGGACGAGCAUAUAGCGAUGUGGAGCUGGCUUUUCGCACGGUGGUCCAGGCAAGAGAAGAUGUGGUCGUCAAGAAGGAAAACAUGAUGACGACGUCAUUGAUGCGAAUCUACGAAGUCAUCGACUUCAAAAAAAGGAUGGAACAGAUUGUCGGCAAACAAGGCAAAACUGCCUUGGUGGAGAAGUAUGCCAAGGUGCAGUACGCAAAGGGCUCUGAGGUGGUCAAGCCGAGCUUCAUAGAGGUGGCUUGCAUGCUGCACGGCAGCUGCCUGUCGAUUCCCAAAGUUGCCGCAACUUUGAUGCAGCUCGAUGAACAGGCAUUGAACCCACUGGACUCCAUUUACAAGCUCAGGGAAGUUUGUAUCCAGUGCGACAAACGUGAACCAUUGCAAAUCUGGUGCUUCACUAUGAUUGCUGAUUCCUGGCUGCGUACCGACGGCCGCGACCCGAUCCCGAUUCGGGCAUUGGGGAGUGAGACUUCUGAGAGUGUCUCCAUGGUCAAGCUGUUUCUGUUCAAGAAGCAGCUGAGAGACUAUCUUUGGAAAGAGAUGGACUCCAACUACACGGUUUGGGAUGCUGCCAUCCGCUCAGAGAUCCGAAGAGUCACAGAGUCCUUGGAGGCUUGCCGCACUUGCUUGGGCUACUUCAAUGCCACGAAGGACUCGGGCAAUGCAGAUGAAGAUGUGAAGGCUUUGAAGGGUCGUGCGCAGUGGCCAGCAAGCGCAGACUCUUUUCUGGUGGUUAUGGAGGCUUUGGUCUUCUCAUAUGGCCAUGACUCGGUCAUCAGCCAGCAGCUCCGAAAUCGCCGAAGCAUCGAAGACAUUCUGAACCAUACUGACAUCAGGCUGGGUGGUG